AGGCUGAACAAGUUGAUAGCUAUUGUGUGGGCCGGCGAGUGGGUUUGAGUAUGUUACUAGGACGGUUUGUACAAACACCGUGACAUUUAGCAAAAGGCUAUUUGUUGGUGUACUAUACCCACAAAGGAGCAUACGCCCGUCCCUCCAAAGGAAACCCAUGUUACGAGUGUUUCGGUUAGCCGGCUAAUCGCCGAGAAGAGCAUACAUGUCCUAUGAGUCUGUGAAGAUAUGAGCCUGUUCGGAACCGGUGUUGUGUAGUGGUGCUUGUGUGGCGGCGGUCACGAAGAAACCCAGACUAUGCGAUAUAGAAGCCUCGUUGUGGACAGGGAUGGUCGGGCUGCUGAAUGCGGUCUCUCGUUGUCACGGCGGGUCUGCUCGCUGUCUGUCCUGCAACUGCCCUCAAAUGACACAGCUAAUUAGGUCGACAUUAGUCGCGCACGGCCAGAGGUAGUAGCGAGCGAAGGACACCGUCUCUUUUUAGUUUUUGUAUUUUUGGGUCAACUUGUAUCUCCUCGGAAGCCUUACGGGUUGAAGUGCCGGGGUAAUUAUGAGCGCGUUCUUGGUGGCGGACCGCUGUCACCAGGCCGCGGGCACUGAUCCGCGCGUCUACUUCGCUGCCGACGGCACCAUGUAGCCCCGACGUAUCUAUUCGAAGUGCCUUUUGCAUUUUGGGCUCGACGUGGGCGACUAAGCAGCAAACCAAGUCGCCGAUGUGGGUCAGGGGAAAAUGACAGCUGGCGCGUCUUUCUCCUGGUGCCAAUAGCGGCCAUGCGUAGUGGUCGUAUGCAUCUUGCAGGUCUUAAUACGGCUACAGUGACACUCGGAUCCAAACAAAAAGGAAUAAACUGUUCGGAACCGGCUUCAUGGAUGUGAUGGGAUGGCCCCGUCAGCUCCCAGCAUGCGAGCAAAGUGAAUUCGUAUUGAGAUUUUUGUGCAUUUUUGGCCCGAAUAAAACAAGUCUUGACUGAUGUCCUCAUUUAGCACGGUGGAGUUAAAAUGGCACUAACUGAGUUGACGCGUUGCUGAAGGUAGCUGCAUCGUAAAGGCAUUUCAGCUUUUGUCAGUGAUGUUCGCUUCACGGCUACAACACAUUCUGGCUACAUAUUGAAAACAUUUCAUAUCAACACAUCGGACUGCGCCGCCGGACAUGGAGGCAGUCGGGGACUUUGAAUACAGCCGAAAGGACCUGGUUGGUCACGGAGCUUUUGCCGUGGUGUUCAAGGGGCGCCACAGGAAGAAGACUGACUGGGAGGUGGCAAUCAAGAGCAUUAACAAGAAAAAUCUGUCAAAGUCUCAGAUCCUGCUGGGCAAGGAGAUUAAAAUUCUAAAGGAACUUCAGCAUGAGAACAUCGUCGCUCUCUACGAUGUGCAGGAAACGCCAAACUCUGUGUUCCUUGUCAUGGAGUUCUGCAAUGGAGGGGACCUGGCAGACUAUCUGCAAGCCAAGGGCACCCUGCGGGAAGACACCCUGCGUGUGUUCUUGCAGCAGAUCGCUGCCGCCAUGAGGGUCCUCAAUAGCAAGGGCAUCAUUCACCGCGACCUCAAGCCACAGAACAUCCUGCUGUCCUACGUGGGCCGCAGAAAGUCCAGCCUGAACGGCAUCCGCGUAAAGAUUGCCGACUUUGGUUUCGCCCGCUACCUGCAGAGCAACAUGAUGGCAGCUACGCUGUGCGGCUCCCCCAUGUACAUGGCUCCCGAAGUGAUCAUGUCACAGAAUUACGAUGCCAAGGCAGACCUGUGGAGCAUCGGCACAGUGAUAUACCAGUGCCUGGUGGGCAAGCCCCCCUUCCAGGCCAACAGCCCCCAGGACCUGCGGAUGUUCUAUGAGAAAAACAAAACCCUGAUCCCCAAUAUCCCGCGGGAGACGUCACCGCACCUGGAGGACCUUCUGCUCGGCCUGCUGCAGAGGAAUCAGAAGGAUCGCAUGGAUUUCGACACCUUCUUCAGCCACCCUUUCCUGGAACCGACAUCCACCAUGAAGAAGUCCUGCCCGGUGCCUGUGCCCAGCUGCCCUGGUUCUGCGUCGGACAGCUCCUAUAGCAGCUCCCCGUCCUGCCGCUACGUCUCUCCCCCGUCCCUGCCGGACAUGCAGACGCUGCCCGAAGACGUUCUGUCCUCGCCCCCCCUCGGCCCCCCCAGCUACCUACACCUAUCCAAAGACUCGGGCGGUAGCACCAGUAGCAAGAACUCCAGCGACACCGACGACUUUGUGCUGGUUCCUCACCUCUGCGCCGAGCAGUCCUGUGACAUGCCAAUGGGGGCAACCGGCCGUCGGCCUUCCAGUGAGUUUCUCCUGUGUGGGGGGCUGCCGCAGCCAGCCCCCGGACAGACGCCCGCUGUGUCCCCCCGUGUGGAGACCACACCCAUCCCGGUGCCCACCCAGGUGCGCAACUACCAGCGCAUCAAACAGAAUCUGUCAAGCAGCCCCACCAGCACCCAGUACGGCUCCCCCAGGGCCGGUACUGUGCGCCGCUCAAACACCAGCCCCCUGGGCUUCCCCAAGCUGGCUGCAGCUGUGGCCUCUCCCAGCCCCGGCGAUGUGGCACAGGCUGUAGGCCGUCGCCUGUCUGUGGGCUGCUCGCGGCCCUAUUCACCCUCACCCCUGGUUGGCACGAUCCCUGAGCAGCUAGGUCAGGCUGAUGAGAGCCACAGCCGGAGCACAUCAGCAGGCUCUCCCAUGCCACAGGUUCACAUGAUGGGCCCCCGUCUCCAGAGUGCCCCCACCCUGACUGAUGUCUACCAGAGCAAGCAGAAACUCCACAAGCAGCUCUCAGAGCCCGUGUACCCCACUGCCACUGCCUGCCCCAGCAGCCACUCGACGCAGCUCUGCCGCCCCGGCAGCCUGGGCACCUCCCCCACCAAGCACCUUGGCUCCUCCCCCCGCUCCUCUGAUUGGCUACAGAAAUCUCCGCUUCCCACUAUCAUUGGCUCUCCUACCAAAACGUCGGCACCUUUUAAAAUCCCCAAAACACAAGCCUCCUGUAACCUGUUGGCCCUGGCCUCUCAGCCGGGCAUCGCUGACAGCCCCACGGCCAGCAGAGCGCCACCAGGCCACGCCCACCACUGCUCGCCAUGCCCGGGCCCCCGACAGCUGGCCCCAGAGCCCAGCAAGACCACCUUUGGCAGGUCUGUCAGCGCUGGCCGUCUCUCAGAGCAGCCUGUCAGGAUCACGCUGGACGGGCAGCCAUACCAGGGCAGCACAGACAGCCUGAACACAGAGAGGCCAAUGGACACGGCCCCUGCCGGAACAUGUGGGUUGCCCCCGGGGGGGGCAAGCCCCCGCACAGUACUGUUCACGGUGGGCUCCCCCCCGAACAGCAUCACGCCACCCACCUGUAGCCACCUGGGCUCCCGGCCACGCACCACCUCAGUUGGCUCCAAUAGCUCGGCUGGCUCCCUGUGCUCCACCAGUGGCCGUGUCUACAUGGGUUCCCCACCCAGCAUGGCCUUGGGGGGCUCUCCGCCAGGGGGCGCUGAGGCGGCCCCAAGCAGCCUGCGCUACGUCCCCUACGGCACGUCCCCCCCCAGCUUAGAGGGCUUCAUCACCUUCGAGGCCCCUGAACUCCCCGAGGAAACACUUAUGGAGCGUGAGCACACUGACACACUGAUGCACCUGCGCAUGAUGCUGUCGUUCACGGACUGCGUGCUCGAGAUCGCGGCAGCGCGGCCCGGUGGGCCGGACACGGGUGCCUGCGGCUCGCUGUUCCCGCCGCAAGACAGCGUGGUGGUGGACCAGAUCAGCCAGCUCAGUAAGGAGUGGGGGCAGGUGGAGCAGCUGGUCCUCUACAUGAAGGCGGCCCAGCUGUUGGCGUCGUCCCUGCACCUGGCCAAGGCCCAGAUCAAGUCGGCGAAGCUGAACCCUUCCAGUGCCGUGAAGCAGGUUGUGAAGAGCCUGAACGAGCGAUACAAAAGCUGCAUCGCCUUGUGCCGCCGCCUCACUGAGCGCCUGAACCGCUUCUUCGCCGACAAGCAGCGCUUCGUGGACGAGAUCAACAGUGUGACGGCAGAGAAGCUCAUCUACAGUCACGCCGUGGACAUGGUGCAAUCUGCGGCCCUAGAUGAGAUGUUCCAGCAGACGGAGGACAUAGCAUAUCGCUACAACAGAGCGGCCAUGUUGCUUGAGGGCCUGUCCAAGAUCCUACAGAACCCUGCGGACAUCGAGAAUGUCAACAAAUAUAAGGCCAGUGUGGAGCGUCGGCUGUCAACGCUCUGCUACUGCACCGUGACGCUGUACGAGUAGAGGGGGGCGCCCUCCCAAUAGGACCAGCCAGCUCCCCGGACAGGGACCACAGUGUUCUACCUGAAGAACCACAGGAAAUCCAAGGACACUUCGCGGGAAGCCCCUGCUUCCUCCUGUAGCAGCUGAAGCACUUUGAUGUUUUUUUGAAGUAUUAUAGACUAUUUCAUUUUAUUUAAUGGACUGGGUGAAAGGAGAAGGAUGGAAGUCAUUACCAAAGAUAAUGCAGAUCGAUAAAGACUGACAGAGAGAAGCCUGAACUGGUACCAAGGGUCAGGCUGCUGGACUCACACAUGACAUCAGAGAGGCGGGAGAAAGUGAGCAGAACAAGCAGGCGAUGCAGACAUUAACCACACUGACCUGUCAAAGUGUUGCGUGCUUUUUCAAAACGAAACUAAGUAAUGCGUGUUCAUUACUGUUUUUACUUGUCGCUUUUAUUUAUUGUUCAGGGUUAGAUGCUGUUAGAUCUCUCUCCACUGUUCGCCGGGCAUCUUACCUCCGUGUGAUAUGGGCUAAUGAGGCCGUUUCGAGAUGAUACUUAUGAACCUGCGAUCACAUGCCCCAAAGAGGAAACAACGUCUUUGUAGAAGGCAUCAUUUGUUUGCAAAAACACCUACAUAAAGUACUUUAUAAAUGUUUAUUUAAAAGUACGUAUAUAUUUAUAUGUACGCUCCCCCCAGUAUUGGAUGGAAGUGAGGAAAUGUCCGGAAGAGCUCGAGCAAGCAGGCCUGGAAUCCUCCACAACCAAUCGGGUGCCCUCAGGAACCCUUUUGCUUAGAGCCACAGCGCCCCCAUGUGUACCGUAAUGUCUGUGGGCAGCCUGAAAGACUGGCUGUCGCGCCGGAUCCUGUGCAUUGCCAGUCUUCCUCGGUCUGCAGAGCCGGAAGUUACUGUUGCUCAGUCGGGGCAGCGGACUUUGUGAUUAACCUCUACAGCAACGGAAGGCAGCUAACGCCUGUCAAAGACUGACGCUGCUGUCCGGGCUCCAAAGCCCCCACGGCCAAUAAGGAAGUCAAAUUACUUGAGUAGUUUACCUGAGUUUAAUUUUAUUUUUAUUUUAAUAACUGAUUUUUUUGAGGAAAUUCACAGUCUGCAAAUUGUAAAUAUUUGUAUGUCGUGCAUGUGAUUUAUUAUUCUUGUCCUCCCAGAAUGUGUGAGGGCGGAAACACUGAAUGGUGCCAUUGGUUGCCCUGCCUGUCAAUCAAGGAGCACAAGCCGUUUUAUACGUCGAUUUCUUACUGCCAUAUUCUCUCCACUUGUAUGCGUUGUCUGCAGACCACGUCUCGGGGUAUGCUGUCUUACCCGAGAGGGAGAUGACCGGGGAUGAAAGCCGAACAAUAAAAACUGCUUUUUUCAGUAAUGGCAACGCCGAGCAACCAAUUAGCCGUCACGUUUCCCACGUCUCUGUGAGCACAGUAGUUUAUGAACUAUGUGAUGCAGAAACAGGCCAGUUCGGAGCUUCAUUAAACAGGAUAAACUUU